UUUCGUCCCUCCGGUCCGGCAGAUUUUCGCCAUNAUCCCUCCAAAGACGACGGCUCUCUCAGCCUUCUGGUCGUCGGAGAUUGGGGACGUAACGGAGAUUACAACCAAUCUCAAGUCGCCGUUCAGAUGGGAAUCAUUGGAGAAAAACUGGACGUUGAUUUCGUAAUUUCAACGGGUGAUAAUUUUUACGAUAGGGGACUAAAGGGUACCGGGGAUUCAGCAUUUGAGGAGUCAUUUUCCAAAAUAUACAAUGCACCAAGCUUGCAAAAGGAGUGGUACAGUGUUUUGGGUAAUCAUGAUUAUAGAGGAGAUGUUGAGGCCCAACUGAGCCCAAUUUUGAGAAAAUUGGAUAAUAGAUGGAUUUGCUUAAGAUCAUUCAUUGUUGAUACAGAAAUUGUGGAGUUCUUCUUUGUGGACACAACCCCCUUUGUGGACAAGUAUUUUAUUGAUCCUGAAGAUGAAGUUUAUGAUUGGAAGGGUAUUUUACCCAGACGAAAUUACCUUUCUACCCUUCUCAAGGAAUUGGAUUCAUCAAUAAAGGAUUCAAAUGCAAAAUGGAAGAUAGUUGUGGGACAUCACACUCUGAAAAGUGCUGGAACUCAUGGUGAUACUCAAGAACUACUUCACCACCUUCUCCCCAUUCUAGAGGAAAAUAAAGUGGAUUUCUAUUUGAAUGGACAUGACCAUUGCUUGCAACAUAUAAGCAGCAUUAACAGCCCACUUCAAUAUUUCACAAGUGGAGGAGGGUCAAAGGCAUGGAGGGGAGAUAUAAAUUGGAUGGAUCCAAAAGAGUUGAAGUUUUAUUAUGAUGGGCAAGGUUUCAUGUCCUUACAAAUCACUCAUUCACAAGCAAACUUUACAUUCUUUGACAUCUUUGGCAAUAUUUUGCACCAAUGGGCCUCCACCAAGCCACUUCUUCACUCUGCCAUUUGAAGAACACCAUGCUCUUUUAUUUUUAAUAUCCUCAACUCUAUCAUUAUUAUUUAUUAUAUUCCCCCAACCUCAUCUUUAUAUUAUUAUAUGAAUAUAUCAAAAUCUGUGUGUGCCUAGCUUUGUAAGCCUCUAAUUUGGCUCUCUUUUGUAUUAUCAUCAAUGUAGUAUUUUAGUAUCCUAAAUUUUAAGGUAAGUUAAUGUGAUUUCAUAA